AUGACUUCACGCGAAAGAUUUUACGAAUGUUUUUAUAAAAUAGUCAAUGAAAAAAAUAAUAAUUCAGUUUAUUUAUCGGCAGUUAAGUAUAAUGAAAUAGUUUCGGAAAUUAAAAAUGUGAGAUCAAGUGGAAUAAAAAGUAACAAGGCAUAUCGAAUUUUGAAAAGGUACGACCUCAUUACUAUUGGAGAAGAAAAUAAAUUAAUAUUGCCGUUGUUGGAAGGUAAUACAAACAUUUUGUACUAUAUUACUGAUGAAAAUAUCUAUGAUGUGCUACAUGAUGUACAUUUAAGUAUUGGACAUGGUGGAAAACACCGCAUGAAUGCUGAAGUUAAAAAAAAGUAUAAAAAUAUAACACAAGAAGCAGUAUCUAUUAACUUAAAAUUUUGCGAAUCAUGUCAAUCAAAACAAAAAUCUAAAAGUAAGGGUCUAGUGAUUAAACCAAUGGUGUUUUCGGAAAUGAAUAGUAGGUGCCAAGUGGACUUGAUUGAUAUGCAAUCGCAGGGGGAUGGAGAGUUCCGGUUUAUUAUGGUAUAUCAGGAUCCUGGUAUAUUAGUACCUUCAUCCAUUGAGCCAUAUAUCGUUUUCGGAUAA